AUGGCGUUCUGUCUGCUGCAUCUUGUGGAAUCCAUCGUGAUGUGCCUCAAUUCGCUGGCCAUUAUAAAUGAAAGCAGGGUUUUACAACCACUAGGCAUGGAUAAACCCUUCAGUGACGGAGCAAUUAAGAACCAACUUUCGCUUUUGCUCUACAGUGUUCGUACAUAUAUGAGACUGCCGCUCAUAAUUGCCAAUUGUGUGUUUAUUCUCUUUGAAAUUCUAUUCGGUUAG